AUGGGAGACAAGAAGCAUUUGAAUAGCUUCUCUGCAGUCGCUUUGAUCAUUGCCACUUAUCUCAUGAUCUUAAUAAUACUGGAGAACACCUUUACCAUGCCUUUAUGGUCACGCAUCCUAACGUUCAUAGUUCUGCUAUUUCUGCUUUUUUGGCCUCUUAGAACGGCAAUUGUGGCAAUGAGGGAGGAAAGGGAAGGAUCUUCAGAGCCAUCAUCUUCUGAGCAGAGUCCAUUGUUGGACGAUCCGCUGCAAGUAGUAUCCAAGGAAGUUUCAGAAGACAUGAAUCUUAUCCAGGCGAUGCAUACUGGGGACUUCUGGCUGCUGUUCAUGGCCAUGGUGUGUGGGCUCGGCUCUGGAUUAGCCACCAUAAACAACAUCAGCCAAAUCGGAGAAUCCCUCGGAUACACCACCGUUGAGAUUAACACUCUGGUCUCUCUAUUGAGUAUAUGGAACUUUCUAGGUCGCUUCGGAGCCGGAUAUAUUUCCGAUGUCUUGCUUUACAAGAGAGGUUUCACGAGGCCAUUCUUGAUGGCUUUUACCCUGCUCAUCAUGGCAGCUGGUCACAUAAUCAUUGCUUCCGGCUUUUCUGGAAAUCUUUAUGUGGGUUCAGUCCUCGUGGGCGUUUGCUACGGUUGCCUGUGGUCGUUGAUGCCCACGAUCACUUCGGAGAUAUUCGGUGUUGGACACAUGGGAACCAUUUUCAACACCAUAGCCAUAGGUAGUCCGGUCGGAUCGUACAUUCUGUCGGUGAGAGUGAUCGGAUACAUCUACGAUAAGGAAGCAACGGGGGAGGAUAACUCCUGUUAUGGCACUCAUUGCUUCAUGCUGUCGUUCUUCAUAUUGGCUUCCGUUGCCUUCUUCGGUUUCCUGGUCGAUUUAGUGUUGUUCUUCCGCACGAGAAGUUUCUACAAGCUAAUUCUUCACAGAAGAUCGCAGCAUUCGCAGCUCACAGCGGCUGGGUGA